AUAUACAGCACAGCAAACACGUUGAAACCGUGGUCCGGUGCCAAAAUGUCGCUGGUGUAGGACAAAAAGUACUGAGGGAAAGAGUUCCACAUUCUCAUGUGUGAAAGUCACAGGCAUAAGAGACAUCUUAUUAGACAAGUAAGUUUUUCAAAGUAAAUACACACGCACACACGCAUAUAUAUAGCGGUGAGAUGGAGGCCACUUUUCCUACUCCCUUCACUCCUAAGAAGCUCUUUAGGAGGGAAGGGACUAUGGAGUCGGAGGAUAAGAAAAAGCUAUACCAUUGUGGAGCUCCAAAAACUCCCAGAUUUGCACAAAGUUGGUGUCUUCUACUAUCCAUCUUUGCCAUUUCUGCCUGCGCUCGAGCUUUAGAUUAUGCAGAUGCUCUCAGAAAGAGCCUGCUCUACUUCGAAGCUCAACGCUCCGGGCGGCUACCAUAUAACCAAAGGGUCACUUGGCGCGAUCAUUCUGGCCUCACUGAUGGCCUAGAACAAGGAGUGGACUUGGUAGGAGGAUAUUACGAUGCCGGUGACCACGUAAAGUUUGGGCUACCAAUGGCAUUCACCGUGACAAUGCUCUCCUGGGGUGUCAUCGAAUACCGGCAACAGAUUGCCGUCGCGGGCGAGUUGGAGCAUGCCAUGGAGGCCAUUAAGUGGGGAACGGAUUAUUUCAUCAAAGCACACACUAAUCCUAAUGUAUUAUGGGCAGAGGUGGGUGAUGGUGACACUGACCAUUAUUGCUGGCAACGCUCAGAGGACAUGACGACAUCAAGGCAAGCGUACAAGAUCGACGAGAACAAUCCUGGGUCGGAUCUCGCAGGCGAGACAGCAGCAGCCAUGGCAGCAGCAUCGAUAGUAUUCAAGAGAACAAACCCACAUUUCUCACACAUGCUCCUGCUUCACGCCCAACAGUUGUUUGAGUUUGGAGACAAGUAUAGAGGAAAGUACGAUGAGAGCUUGGGAGUAGUGAAGAGCUACUAUGCGUCGGUGAGUGGAUACAAGGAUGAGUUGUUGUGGGGAGCUUUGUGGUUGUACAAGGCCACCGACAAUGAAGAGUAUUUGAAGUACGUUGUUGACAAUGGUCAUAGCUUUGGUGGCACUGGAUGGGCCAUUACAGAGUUCAGCUGGGACGUUAAAUAUGCUGGUCUCCAAGUUAUUGCCUCCCAGUUGCUUAUGGAGGAAGAAAAGCACAAAGUGCAUGUUCACAUACUCGAACAAUACCGAUCAAAAGCCGAGUUCUACAUAUGCGCAUGCCUGAACAAGAACAAUGACAGCAACGUGGAGCGCACCCCGGGGGGGCUCUUGUACAUCAGGCAAUGGAACAACAUGCAAUACGUUUCAACAGCAGCUUUCCUUCUCACAAUAUACUCCGACUUGCUCCAAAACUCAAACCAAAAGCUCAAAUGCCAUGGCAAAACGGUGGAUCAUGCAGAAAUCCUGAGCUUUGCAAAGUCACAGAUUGACUACAUUCUGGGCUCUAACCCAAUGAACAUGAGCUAUUUGGUGGGGUAUGGCUCGAACUACCCCACAAGAGUGCACCACAGGGGGGCCUCGAUCGUGUCAUACAGAGAGAACAAGGGGUUCAUAGGGUGCACCCAAGGUUAUGACCACUGGUUCAGCCGGCAGGAGCCUAACCCCAAUGUUCUGGUUGGGGCCCUGGUGGGAGGACCAGAUUCGCAUGAUAAUUUUGUGGACCAAAGAAACAAUUAUAUGCAGACUGAGGCCUGCACAUAUAAUACAGCACCACUGGUUGGAGUUUUGGCUAAGUUGUUGGAAUUUGAGGACCAGAAUCAUACCUCACCUUUGCUUGCUUCUUAUUAAAAGAAUUAUAUCAAAUGAAAAAAAAAAAAAAUAGUAUUUGAUUUUGUACACCAAGCUUUCUCUCUCUCAUCAUUAUAUAUGUUUGGAUGAAGUAGGUGCAUCAUCCCCAUGUUUACCUUCAUUGUUUUGUAAUAUUUUUAAGAUCAUACAGUGAUACAAAUAAUAAAAGAUCAGAA